AGUUAAACAACACAAACAAAUUUAAACAGAUUAGUCACUAUUAAAGCUCCCAAGGUGUUAACAAGAUUUCGUAACAUCUUAUCGUAGCUGUAAUCAAAGAAACAUACGCCCACCAGCAGCUAGGUCUAACGAGCAGUUAUGACUGACUUGAACAGCACAUUCACAUUUUAAACAAAUCAAUUAAAAUCAUAAUUAAAGCCUCUAGGAUUCUAACAAGUUGUAAUAAGAAAGUUUGGGGGGGGGGGGCAACUCUGAGGGUUAUUAUCUAACAUCGUUGAAAUUCAUUUUUCAAUAGGGCGGAAAGCCUUUCAAUUAAUUUUAAGUUAAAGAAAGGCGGGUUAUUGACUAUGAAGAUCUUACAAGAUUUAGUAACAAGUGAGAGAUGUCCAACUGAUAAAGGCCCUGUUGUUAAUAUGUGUAGUAAUUCAACACAAGGAGGAUCCAGUAUAUUACUAGAUAUAAAUAUACAACCAACAGAUAACUUUAACAGCUGCUCCUGUACACUAAAAUUAAUACGUCCGGAAGUGGGUACAGGAAGAAUAGUUAGCUUUAAUUCUACAACUUUAACCAGGUGGUGUUCGUAUAAUUUAACUUUAAAGACCAAAGCUUCAACUGGUCGGUAUAACUGUGACAUAUCGCCAAAGCCACUACCAUAUAAUCUACAACCAAACGGUGAAGUCAAUAUAUUCUUGCAGAAACAUAAUGGUUCAGAUUUUACAAGAUGUCUUGAAAUUCAAUCAUCAGAAACGCCCACUGAACUUCUGGUUGAAUGUUCUCCACCUACACAGGUUACUCCUUCAACAACCAUGUCAACCGAAGAAACAACUUCUGGUGAUGAUAUGAUCUUUAGUUCUACCGACAGUUUCGAUUUUACCACUUUGGACCCAAGUACAAACCCGCCAGUUGGUGCUAUUAUUGGUGGAUUAUUUGGUGUCGUAGCAGUAAUAGGUUUGGCUGUUAUCGGUGUUUGUCUUUGGAGAAGACAUAAAAGCAAAAGAAUGGAAGACGAGGAUCCGACUUACAAUACCAUAGGUCCAGAAGAUGCUUUUAAUAUAUCACAGCAUGGGUCUCAGAACCCACCAAUACCAUUAAGACCCUCGGGUUAUGAACCUGUUACUUCAAGUCAAUCACAAGUGAAGGGAGGUGUUUAUGAGAACUCUCCUUCGAAACUAUCAACAUCCCCUGAUCAGGCUUAUGAAAGUCUGACUUCAUCCAUGUCACCAUCUUAUGAAAAUAUUGCUGCAACAGCCCCAGAACAUGGUUACGAAAGUCUACGCUUAAACUAACCUAACCAACGCAAAUGCACUGAUCUAGCUCGAAGCAGUGUUUAUCAGUUGUUUUCUUUGUCUUGUUUUAUAUUCCAUAUUUUAUAUUUGACUGGAUUCUAAAAUCCUAUUAUGACCGUCUCGCGUUCUUACUGGUAUACUGUAAAUAGUCAAAAAAAUGUAUAGUUCUCCAAAUGGCGCGAAGACAUUUUCAAUGACCGGUGAGUGUACAAUCAAGCCCACUCAGUUAUUUGAACUGCAGCUGUUCUUUGUAAAUGUUAUUAAACGUAGCUGUUUAAUUUUGUUUUUCGUUUAUUUUGCACAUUUCGAUUACUAUAUAAUGUUACAAUUUUGUAUUUCGUUCAUUUUGUAUUAUGCGAUUAUUAUAUAACAAUGUGUUAAAAUUUUGAAAUUUUAUUUUAUUAUGAGAGUAUAUAUAAUCCUAACAAUUUUGUAUUUCGCUUAUUUUGUCACAUAAGAACUAUAAAAACCUAAUAAUGUUACAACUUGUUGA